AAGCAGUGCGUAUUAAAGUUGUUGAUUGGUAAUAUUAAUCAUAUCAAAAUGGUAGAGCAAGGAGAGUGUAUGACGCGGAAACUCUUGGACCUGAUGCAAGAAACUGGAUACCCGCUCGUGCAGCACAAUGGACAGCGCAAGUUUGGUCCUCCUCCGGACUGGGUUGGCCCCCCGCCACAAAAAGGCUGCGAAAUCUUCAUUGGCAAGCUUCCCAGAGAGAUCUUCGAAGAUGAACUGGUACCAGUGUUCUCAAAAGCGGGUAAGAUCUAUGAAAUGCGAUUAAUGAUGGAUUUCUCCGGCUCCAACCGGGGCUACGCCUUUGUAACUUACUCUACGAGGGCCGAAGCCUCGAGGGCUGUGAAAGAAUUAAAUGGCUAUGAAAUUCGCCCAAGGCGACACAUCGGCGUCGUAAAAUCAGUAGACAACUGUCGCCUGUUCGUCGGCAACAUACCAAAGUCCAAAACUAAGGAAGAAGUGUUUGAAGAGCUGUCCAAGCGCGUGGCUGGAAUAGUUGACUUGAUUCUGUACAAGAAUUGCUAUGACAAGAGACUUAACAGAGGGUUCGCGUUUGUGGAGUUUACUUCCCACAGGGCAGCGGCGAUGGCGCGACGAGCACUUGUUCCCGGGUGUGUGAAGAUAUGGGACCAGGAGGUGAUGGUGGACUGGGCAGAACCGGAGCCUGAUAUCGAUGAUGAACAGAUGCAAAGGGUAAAGGUGCUCUAUGUAAGAAACUUCCAAAUUAAGACCACACCUGAAACUAUCCAAGCAGUUUUUGAAGCGGCAAUCAGUAAUCAAAUUGAGCGAGUGAAAAAGAUCUAUGAUUACGCUUUCAUUCAUUUCUACCACCGUGAACAUGCUGAGUUGGCAAUGAGGAAAUUGCAGAAUGCUGAUAUUGAUGGCAGCAAUAUUGAGAUUAGAUGGGCGAAACCGGUUGUUCGAGAGAUUUACCGCAUUCAAAAAUUAAACAGAGGGAAUGCGAAGUUCAACAACAGUUUCAAUCUAUCCCAAACUUUGUGGUUGCACAAACAACAGCUUGAGAAGAAAGAAUACAUGUCAUCUCCAAAAGAUGAUGAAGGAAUUGGUUCUGCUUGUGCAGGAGAGUCUUCAUGCGGAUCACCUUCGGAGAUGAAUUGUUCAGCCUACCCUCAAACAACCAAAAUUCAAGAACAAUAUCCCAUGGCCCCAGCUAAACUUGAUUCUAUGUGCAAAAGGUAUAUGUGGGCACCUCCUGUCUAUAACUACCAGAAGUACUUGGACCCUUCAGGUACAGAGAUUUGGAUAGGAAGAGUAGAAAUUCCACACAUUGGUAUGCCCUUACUGAGUAUACCAAGACGCCUUGGACCUCUUGCCACAAGACCGUGCAUGUCCAUGCAACAAGCACAGAUUGAGGCUGCUGACAGUGCUCUUCAAGUAAUAAAGAUGUUGAAAGCAGACCUCAUUCAGCAGUCCAUGCCACCCCCACCCCCGACACUGGCGCCAGUCUACCCUACCAUCAUGUCUCCAAUGCCAAGCUGUGUGAACCUACCCUAUGAUUACAUAAACCCAGCAUCAGCCUUGUACCCAAGACCAAUGUCUGUCCCUAUGCCUAUCUGGCGCAGCGUUUGAUUUCCUUCAAAUUAAUACUUAGGUUUUUGAUUCUUCAAAUUUUUUUCUUUAUUUCUGAGUAAAUAAAGCAGAAAUUCUAUUGUAAACUUUGUUGUGAUGUUCAAAUCUUAACGACAAUCUGAUGGUUGUGCAGUUAAGAUACAUUUGAAAGGUUUAUCUUUUGUUUUUGUUGAUGGCGAUAAAGCUUUUUUAGUAUUUUUAGGCUAAGCGACUUCUUUGUAACUCCAUUUCUGACAUUAUCUGCAUUGACUAAGUUUUGUAAUUUAUUUCUUUGACCUAUUUAUGUCGGACGCGCAAUCGCAGAAGAUACUUUGACAACUAAUGUUCAGUUUUUGAUUUUUGUAAUUUUUCCGAUUUUCUAUUCAAUUUAGAAUUGUUAUAUUGUAAUAUGUAUUGAUCUUUGCUAAGUGCCUAAAUUUCGCAACUGUUAAUUAGUUUAAGUUGAAUUUUAAACUAAAGUUUCGGAGUUUAAGCACUUCGUUCCUAAUUUCCACUUUGUUUUUUCAAAUAAGUAGUUAUCUUUGUGAUAAUUUGAUAGUUUUAGUUAGGCUAUUAUUUACCGCGGUAAAGGAGCCUUAUGCCGUGCUUCCUUGUGCUUAUAUCGUAAUAUAUUCAGAGUGAAAGCACUGCCUUGACACUAUCACAAUGUUACUAUUGAGUAC